AUGGCUGCUGAGGCUGCAUUGGAGAGUGCGUCUACCGAAAGUCGCGUGUUUAUCGACUCUUGCGGGGGGUCAGGCAUCGCCGGAGAGGAGCACCGCAUCCCUCUGGGAGGAUGCAGACUCGACAAUCUCUUGGAGGACCAGCUUGCUAAAGUCGCCGUAGCUGCUUCCGUUCUGUUGGGGAAUGGCAACAGGCCCCUGUACGCCGCGUCGUCACACCCGCACACUACGCGGAGUGUGCACAGUCGCAAGGAUCAGCAGAUCUUACUGAUCGCCCGCUGCUUGUAUCCGGGUGGCGGCGGUGUUGUCGGGCGGGAAGAAGACGGUCGGAGACAUGUGGCAGUCAACCGUCAGGAACUCCACGCCAUCGCCCUCGUCGGGCGUUUGAAGAACCUGUGGCCCCCGUAUGUCGAUCCCGAGUUCGGUGAGUGGGUGAUCUAG